AUGGACAAUGCUUUAAACUCUUUGUUAAUUCGACCUUAAAAUAAGCAAAUAAAAGAUUUAAAUAUCAAAUAUGGUCAAUAAAAUGAAAAGUAUCCUGUUUUCUAAACAUAAUUCAAUUGUUUGUAUAAAUGUCAAGUAUUAUUUAUUCAUUAAUGAUCUUAGAUAUUGACAGAAAUGUAAGGAGAAUGUUUAGAAUUCAGAUCGACUAAUCACAAAACAUACAAUAAAAGUCCAUUAGUUAGAUAAAAACAUACUAAAGAACAAAACGUCAAGUAAUUGCCUUCCUUGACUUAGUAAAUACAUAAUAAAUUUGUUGUAUAGAAACAAAAGGAACUAGUUUAACUUCUUACUAUAAGUUUUACUAUUCUAGUUUUUAUUGUAUUGAUGUUGGAAUACUAUUAACAGAAGAAAAGAAUGGGAUUUUAUGAUUAUUGA